UUUAUUUGGAGGAAAAUAUUCGGAUUUUUUAUCAAAAAAAGCAAUAUCAAUUUCUGGUGGUGGUUAUUGUCCGGAAGUAAGAAUAAAAGGUUCAUUUGGAAUGUUAAGCGCAUUCAACACAUUGUCUACAUACCUUGUCGAUUCAUGUCCUGGACACGGUGCUUCCGUUACGGCAUUAGUUAGUCUUAUUAGAUUUUGUGUAUCUGGUGUUCUAUCAAUUUUUGAAACUUCUAUUGAAGAAAGCUUUGGUGUUCGUUGGAUGUUUACUUUAAUAA